UGGGUUGUGGCCGCUGUGUUGACGGGCGCCGGGAAGCGGGUCGUUGCUGCCGCCGCCACCGCGGGGUCACUCACUCACCGGCCCUGUGGGGGAGCAGCGGCCUGCACGCCACGCCACGCCGGACAAGGAGCAGAAGGAGAGGACCAUGAGGGCCGGGGCCUGACCUGACCCAAGCCGCUUCUAUGGCUCACCAUCAGUCCUCAGUCUGAAACGAAAUGGACUCUGACGACCUACCUAGUUUGGAAGGCAUGAUCAGCACCGUGUGGUCUACACCCAUUGAGGGAAUUAACCUGGUGUUACAAGAAGCUCAUCUGAAUCUGGAAGUUGGCGAGGAUGACUUUACAGUUUGGAUUGCUUUCAAGGGGAACAUGAAGGAUGGUGAUUUUUCAAAUAAACUGGAUCAAAUUGUUAAUAACAUGCCAUGCCUUCUGAAAAUGGAUUCGAACAAACUGAAGCUCGGGAAAGUGGAGCCAUGGAACAGUGUUCGUGUAACGUUUAAUAUUCCCCGAGAAGCUGCAGAGCGGUUACGACUGUUGGCUCAGAAUAAUAACCAGCAGUUGCGGGACUUGGGCAUUCUUUCUGUUCAGAUUGAAGGUGAAGGAGUUAUUAAUUUGGCUUUGGUACAGCAGAGAGCCCAAGAGAUCAGAGUAAAUGGGCCAGUGAAUCCGAUCCGAAUGGAACCAGGAUUUUCCUUGCAAGGAGGACAAGGUUUGAUAAGAGUUAACAAUCCAUCUGCUCCCAUGCUUCACUCGAGCAGCAACAUGACAGCUUCAUUGGUCGCCAGUGGAGCAAGUUCAGAGAUGAUGCAAAAUAGAUUACCGCAUCCCUCCACUCGACCCACCGCACAACCUGCAGGUAUGGAUUCAGUGCUUUCAACUCUAAACAUUCAAGCAUCGGGGCACCACUCAGGAUCAUUGCCCCAGCAACCUCACAUUGUACAAGCAAUGUCAACCAGUCGACAGAUAGCACCAGCCAAUCUGCAGCAACACCAAUUACAAGGCGGGCGUUCACCGUUUAAUCCAGCUCAGAUUUCCAUUGCUGGCACAUGGAAUCAAGUGGCUUCAGCGGCGAUCCAAUCCCCAGUCACCCAGGGUGGUUUGGGAACUUUGGGAAAUCCAAUAUGGAAGAAGGCUCCCAUGCCUGGUCAAAUGCAGCCUCAACAGCUUCAGGCGAGGCCUCCCCUGGCAACAGUACAGACCCCUGCUCAUCCUCCACCACCAUACCCCUUUGGAAGUCAACAAACCUCACAGGCUCAUCAAACCUUUUCUCAGCCGUGCACCUCGCCGCAGUUUGCUUCACCACCGCCAAAGAGUCACCAGGGAGGACCACCCCGAGUUCCCACACCCCUGCAGCAAGCUCACCUCACUAACAAGUCUCCGGCCUCGUCUCCUUCUACUUUCCAGCAAGGCUCCCCUUCCUCCUCUCCAACAGUCAAUCAGCCACAGCAGCACCUUGGGCCGAGAACACCACAGAGCAGUUCCCUCUCCCAGACAUUUCAGCCAGCGGUGUGCCAGAGUUCUCCUAAUCGAGGUCCCAUUGUUCAGCAAGGAAACUUGCCUGCCGGGUUUAUGAUGCAGGCAAAUCAGCUGGCACAGAGCUCCCAUUCCACCUUAGGAGGCAUGCCGAAGCGUCUUCCACCAACCUUUCCUCCUGGUCAGCCUAAUCAUAACUUCACGCAAUCACAGAUAAACCAAGCAGUUGCAUCUGCCACGUCAAUGAACAGUGGUAUUCUGCAGGUGCCGCCGAAUCAGAAUGCACCGCAUCCAGGUGGUCCAAAUAUUGCUGCUUCCCAAAAUCCUAUGAAUGUACAGUCUCAUGGGCCAACUAAUAUGAUGCAAGCAAAUCUUCUUGGACUUCAUGGGAGUAUGAAUAACCAGCAGUCUCUCAAUACUCAAGUGAAUAUGGGUAACAUGCAAGGGCAACAGGGCCUUCAGUCGCAGUUCAUUGGGAUGCAUCAGCAAAUUGCAUCUUCACAAGGCCAGGUGAUGAAUGUUCAAACUCAAGGUCUUCAUCCGUCAAGCCAGAUGAUUAUUUCUCGUCCUCAGCUCAUCCAAAACCAAAUGAUGAUGGCGACGUCCCAAGGUCACAACGUCAUUGCACCUGGACAGAGGAUGACUCCGCCCAAGCAGUUGCAUCCACAGCAGGGUCAGCAAAUAAUGACUACGCACGGGCAGUUAAUAGGUCCCCAAGGCCAAGCAAUCUUGCAACAGAGCCAAAUGAUGGGGCUCCCCGAGCAGAUUGUUGUUCGGCAGGUGCAGGGAAACAAACAAGGUUUCACUAAUCAGAACCAACAAAACUUAAUUGUGGGGCCGGGCCAGAUGAUGAGGGGACCUGCCACAAACUCACAGGGUAAUAUAGUUCAAUUUUCCACACAGAUGAUCCAGCAGAAUCCUCUGAAUGGGAAUUCUCAAGGGAUUGGCAUGCAGGGACAAGGGCUUAGAACUUCAGUGCCUCAUAUAACUCAGCAGCAUGGUGAUCAUACGACAUCAACCAGCGACAUGAAUGUAACACAGAUGCUGCCUGAUCUUCAAAUGCAGCAAAAUGCAGUUGCCUCUCAUUUGCAAACAAUGCAGCCAGGUCAUUCUGCUGGUUCCCAUUUUGCAGCCCACGGUAUGACCUUCAGCUCUCCUUACAGCACCACGGCAAGUGGGAGUCAGGUGUCGUUGGUCACUGCCUCUGGUUUUCCGAACAAUAAAGAUGUCACUCUGACUAGUCCAUUGCUCGUCAACUUGCUGCAGAGUGAUAUUACGUCGGCGCAGUUUGCUAUGACCAACAAACAGAACAACCAGGCUGUCAACAAACCCAAGAAGAAGAAGCCAUCGCGUUCGCAGAAGAAAAAGAACAGUGGAUCUCAACAGCCGGAAGAACAAGCACAACAUGUGGUUUCUGAUACCCGUCAAAUGCAGCCUGGGCUGGAUGAUGGCGAUCCACAGCAAAUGACAGGAGAGCAGGGUGUAGGAAUGGACCCAGCAGCCAACAAAUUAUCUGAAUUUGCAAAUCGAUCUGCCGGAUUCCACCUGCAGGCAGUUGACCAGAGAGCACUACAACAGACGUCCAUUCAACCCAUCCAGCACUCCCAACAACAGCAGCAGCAGCAGCAGCAACAACAACCCCAGCAGCAACAGCAAAUGAUGAUGAUGUUGAUGAUGAAGCAGCAACAGCAACAACAGCAGCAGCAGCAGCAGCAGCAACAACAACAGGACUUGGCAAAACCAAUUAGAAUUCCAAUGACCCCCAAUACAAAACCAUCAAAACCAACCUUGACUCCAGAUGUGUCAAGAAUGCCAAUGAACACAGUUGGUAAUAAAGCAGUCAUGGUCAGCAUGCCUGGCCAGAGUGGAGUGCCACCAUCACCAGAUAAAUCAAGGAUGCCAUUAUUGGUUGGCCAUCAAGCUGGCAACACUCUAAGGAAGAUGACUUUCCAAGAAAGUAUACAAAACAUCCCAUCAUCAGUCCCCGAGGAAGGCAAUCCAACUGCUCAUCAUCCUGAUGGAAUGGGAACUGACCUUUUGCUUCCCACUGGAGUCCAACUUAAUCCAGGGCCACAGCCUGUUCCCCUACCAACUCAAGUGCUCAUCUCCGGGACUAAGCCAGGACAUUCGCAGAUCCCAACACAAGGUGUAAGUCCACAACAGCAGGGACCUCUUCCUUUGCAAGGUGCUCACAGCCUUCAUUUUCCGAAUAAUACUACCACUACGACGCAAACCUCAAGACCGAAAACACCGAACCGAGCAAGUCCCAGACCCUACUUCCCCCAUACACCCACCAGUAGACCGCCCAGCACAGAACCUUCUGAGAUCAGUUUAUCGCCCGAAAGGCUGAAUGCUUCUAUCGCAGGUCUCUUUCCUCCUCAAAUCAACAUUCUCUUGCCUCCGAGGCAGCCCCCCCUAAAUAGAGGGUUUGAUCAGCAGGGUCUAAAUCCAACAACACUGAAAGCAAUUGGACAGGCCCCAACCAGCAUUCCUCCUCAUGCCACCAACCCUUCUGUUUCCACAGCAUCGCAAGCAAAUAAACUGGAUUCGGUCAUAGUCAGUUCGGCUAAACAGGUUACUGCAAAACGUUCGACUCCCAGUACGAGCAGGAGAGCUAGCACUGGGGCCAGUAGGAAAACUGGUCAAAGUUCAGGCAGACAAAGUGGGAAAGCCCUGAAGUCAACCUUGACCCUUCAACAGAGCCCAGCCCUUAUCCCAAACAUGGAUGUACAAAAGAACGUUCUGAUGAAUGCUGCACAAAUUCUGUCAAAUCCAAUUCCCGGAAGUUUGAGUGAUCCCACCAAUACAGCUCCAACUGCUCCAAAUCCACAAAUGUCUGCCAGAAUUCCGGCUAACAACCCUGAAGAAAGCGGUGGCAACAAUGCGUUGAAACAGUUCUCUGGUAACAAGGAGCAGGUGACUUUUGAGUACAAUCCUCAAAGCAUAAACAAGUUGGAAAAGAAAAAAGGGCCUGAGAUUCAAGCAAAAAGGGGAACAAAGCCGCUAGAAUCCAGUAAACCUGGUGGAUGUGGCGAUGAUAAGAGCCUUCGAUCUUUACGAGAAGUUCCAAUUUCAUUUAAUCAACUUUUGGAUACUUCUGGCAGUCCUAGUGCUGCCAUUAAGACCGCUAGUUCCAAUCAAAUGGAACAAUCUACGCCUGGAGAUAAAGAGAAAGCAGCGGCACCCGAUGAACCUGUUGUUAAGGAAAUUCCUAGCACAUCAUCACAACUUGUUUGUGACGCUGGUUUAGCACCGAUUCGAACGGAAGCAGGAGAAUUAAAUACUAAUGUGACUCAGAGCGGUCCAACAUUGGUGCCUACACCAGUCGUGUCUGCAUCCAUUUCUAUUUCAAAUCCAAUAACAGUGUUUUUGAAUUCCAGUCCUAUUAAGUCUACAAGCAAUGUAAUUGCACCUACACAGACUCAGUCCCAGCCUACAGUUGUUUCAUCUGUUGUCCCAAUGCCGAGCUUGGGGAGUAAAGUAGUAUCUGAAGUACAGCCAGUGGUACCGACCGGUUCACAGCCAGCAUUUAUUACCGCACCUGUAUUUAUAAAUACAUCUGUAUUCCAGGUUGUUAAAGAACCUUUGCUACCACAAUCAACCACCGUUCCUAAAGUAACUUUACCUUCGACUUCUUCAUUGGUAUCCCAGUCUGUUACUGUAAUCCAGGUAUCUCACACUGCUCAGAGUUCAUCAUGCUCUGCGGUUUCAACUACCCCAUCUGUUAAUAGCACCAUUAACUCUUCUUCUGCAUCAACGAGUAGAAUGCUGGCUCCAAGGUCAUCUGCAUCCCCAGUUCAACCACCAUCCACCUCUCCGGCUCCUCCAAACAUCUCCUCACCAUCUCCUCACAGGUCAGCUGCAGACUUCAACCUCAGUGAAUCUCUCCAGAAUAACGGCACGGUUGACCAAAGCUCUUCAGCUUCAUCCCAUCCAACAACAGUUGCAACAUCGCCUACUUCAGCUAGCCCAGGUAGCUCUAAUAAUAGUAGGCGAAGUCCAAUAUCAUGCAACAAAGGAAGAGGGAAAGUAGAUAAGAUCGGUCAAUUCCUUAUGACCAAAGCGUGUCAGAAGGCAUCCCCAGAUAAAAAAGAUGACCCACCGGCAUCUGAAUUGGCUUCCCCUGGUGUUGAUGAUCAGGGGCAAAAAGCAGCACUUCCUGGUAGCCCUGAAGGAGAAGUUGCUCCUACAGAAACUAAUCAGACCAAUAUUCCUUCUCCGGCUUGUCAACCAGAUCUAGGCACUUCUGCUAACAUCACACUCGGUACAGCUAGCAGCUCUACUUCUUCUGUCUCUGUUUCUUCACCUGCAAGUACAUUGAAUAGCACCUCUCAAAACAAUGUCACAUCAGCUGCCAGCCCCCAAAGUCUUGAGCCUGAAUCAGUAGUACCUGUUGGUGAUAGCAGUCUUGCAGUCUCACAGUCUGAGGGAAGUUGUUCGUCAGCAGAGAAAGUGGGAGCAGAUAAAGAACACCUACCAACUACAGUUGUGCAAAGAAAAGAGUCUUUGGAACAUUCGGACACAGGACUGCCAGCCACAGCACCCCAAGUUGUUCCAGAGCAAAUAUCUCCCAGUUCAGUGCAACACGGGACCAUGGUAAAAAAUGGAGAAGACUUGAAUGUUGCGAGUGAAGCGGGUCAGAGUGAAGCAAAAAGCACUCUGGAGAAAUCCAAAAGCCCCACCAGAAAAAAUGCAAAAAGUGAAAAAGAGAGUGAGGAGGCUUCAUCAUUUCAGGAAUCUUCUGAAAACGGGCAGCGGAAGAGGCCUUCCAGACCUGGCUCUACAUUAGGGGGCGCUAAAGAUACCAGUACAGCCACCAGCCCGACCCAAACAAAACGAAGGAAAUCCAAAUAAAAUCUCACAAUUGUAAACCUGUGAAGUGUAAAUGUUUGUGAAUUUAAAUAAUUUUUCCAAGCUACUUUUCUGGCAUGAAUUUGUGUAUAGAGUACUGUUUUAAUAUUUGUCCCACUGAAAUGUGACUUAAAAAAGUUUUUUGAAUUCUGAAACUCUUUUAACAAGGUAAAAACCUGUUAUUCAGCCAGUAAAACCCCGACUGGAAAGUAGUUGUACUGGUAAUUUCUGUUGCAAAGCUAAAGUAAAUUGCCAGCUUUUUGUCUGUCACCAAUAUAGUAUGUUAUUUCUAAUUUAGUAUUUACUGACUGUUAAAUUGUGUUCAAGUCUUAAAUACUGUAUGUGAAUAUUUGUAUGAGGGUGUAAUAAAGCCCAUCUCCACUGGAUGUUGAGUGUGAAGCAGUGUCCCGUACCAGCAAGUUAUACUUUUAGUUCACUUAGACCAUGUCUCCCCUUAUUUCAAAUGGAAAAAUAAUUCUACAUCUAUUCAAAUGGAAACCAGUUUGACAACCAAUGAGUCUGAAAAAGGGUCCCAACCCAAAACAUCUCCGAUCCACGUUUUCCAGAAAUGCUGCCUGACCUGCUGACUUACUCCAGCACUUUGUCUCUUUUUUUGUAAACUAGCAUCUGCAGUUCACUUAAGUUUCUGCAUUGAUGGAUUGCACUUCCUUCCAACGGCAGCCCAUCUCCAAGUUCAUAAGUCAUAGGUGCAGAAUUGGACCAUUUGGCUCAUUGAGUCUACCCCGCCAUUCAAUCGUAGCUUUCCCUUUCGACCCCAUUCUCCUGCUUUCUCCCACAGCAACAGAGACCCGGGUUCAGUCCUGACCUCGGGUGCUGUCCGUGUGGAGUUUGUACGUUCUCCCUGCGACCAUGUGGGAAUCCUCCGGUUUCCUCCCGCAUCCCAAAGAUGUGUGGUCAAUUGGCCUCUGCAAAUUGCCCCCUAAUGAGUUGGGAGUUGGCGCAAGAGUGGGAUAACAUAACUAGUGUGAAUGGCUGAUCAAUGAUCUGUGUUGACUCAGUGGGCUGUUGUCCUCUGGUAGAUUUUGAUGACUCGGCAUCAUCACCAAUAAGGUUGUAGUGACUGCCAACUAAGCUGGCUUGAAUUUUCGAGACCUGGAAUAGAUGAGAAUGAAUAAUGCUCCCUCCACUGUUCAGGUCCAGGAAAAAACAAAGCAGCAAAGCUAGUUGUAAUAAUUUAUACAAUGCUUUUAUCAUGACGCUACAGCACCUCUACAAAGUUAAAUGUCAUUUUGUUUUCCGACCACGAAUAAUGCAUACCGGCACCUUUUUGUCUACUACAAAAAUGCACUGAUUUUGAGUAUCGGUUGGUAAUUAGCUAACACUCUUCAUCCCAGUUUAACAAUAUUUCCACUAAUCAUACCUCUUAAAAUUUUGUACAGAUGUGUAGUUUACCCCACUUGUAUCAAUAACAUUAAAUGUUCAAAUGAAAAAUGUUCAAAUGAGAA